GCUGGGUUGCGCAUGCCCUCCCUUCGUUCCUUAAUACGUCCGUGAUAACGGCAAAAACAAAUCCUUGGAUAAUAAAAAAAUAAUAAUAACAAUCAAAGAUUGCUUUUUAUCCAAGAAUCUGUAGAGGUGUGGCAUGGAUAAGCAUCUGGGUUCUGUGCAGAUAAGUCCUCACGAGCAGUAUUUUCUGAGAAUGCAAAGGAACAAAGAGAAGAAAUCAAUGGAAAAGAUGGAAGAGUCAAAUCAGUGUAAGAGGAAACUGAGGGUGUGUGUGGCAACAUGCAACAGAGCAGAUUAUUCCAAGCUGGCCCCCAUCAUGUCUGGGAUCAAAUCCCACCCAGAAGACUUUGAACUGGAAGUUGUGGUGCUUGGUUCACAUCUCAUUGAUGACUACGGGAACACUUUUCGGAUGAUUGAGCAGGACGACUUUGACAUUGGCUCAAAGCUCCACACUAUUGUGAGAGGAGAGGACGAGGCUGCCAUGGUGGAAAGUGUUGGGCUGGCACUUGUAAAACUCCCUGAUGUUAUACAGAGACUGAAACCUGACAUCCUGGUCGUACACGGUGACCGUUUCGACGCUCUCGCUUUGGCAACUGCUGCAGCAUUAAUGAAUAUUAGAAUACUUCACCUGGAGGGAGGAGAGGUUAGUGGUACGAUUGAUGACUCAAUCCGCCAUGCCAUCAGUAAACUGGCCCAUUACCACGCCUGCUGCACACGGAUGGCAGAGCAGCAUCUCAUAGCUAUGUGUGAGGACCACUCUCGUAUCCUCCUUGCUGGCUGCCCUUCUUAUGACAAGCUGCUAUUGCCUCAUCACAGAGAGGACUACAUGGAUAUCAUCAAAAGCUGGUUGGGUGACAAGGUCCAGGAAGGUGACUAUAUUGUGGCAUUACAGCACCCAGUCACGACGGACAUCCAGCAUUCUAUUAAAAUCUAUGGGCUGAUGCUGGAUGCGCUGAUUUCCUUCAACAAGAAGACCCUUAUCCUCUUUCCUAACAUUGAUGCCGGAAGUAAGGAGAUGGUACGUGUUAUGCGGAGAAAAGGGAUUGAGCAACACCCUAACUUCCGAGCAGUGAAGCACAUUCCUUUUGAGCAGUUCAUCCAGCUUGUGUCGCAUGCUGGCUGCAUGAUUGGAAACAGCAGCUGCGGGGUACGAGAGGCUGGGGCCUUUGGCACACCUGUCAUUAACCUGGGAACAAGACAAACAGGCAGAGAAACAGGUGAAAAUGUUUUACAUGUCAGAGAUGCCGACACUCACAAUAAAAUCUACCAUGCUCUGGAGCUGCAGUUUGGAAAGAGAUACCCCUGUUCUAAAAUUUAUGGUGAUGGCAACGCAGUGCCUCGUAUUCUCAAGUUUCUCCGUUCUAUUGACCUGGACGAGCCUCUCCAAAAGACCUUCUGUUUCCCUCCUGUGAAAGACCCGAUUUCCCAGGACAUUGAUCACAUCCUAGAGACCCAAAGUGCUUUGGCCGUCGACCUGGGAGGGACCAACCUCAGAGUGGCCAUUGUCUGCAUGAGGGGCACCAUAGUGAAGAAAUACAGCCAGCCCAAUCCAAAGACUUUCGAGGCCAGAAUGGAACUCAUAUUAAAGAUGUGCAAUGAUGCCAUGCGGGAUGCUGUGGGCCUUAACUGUAGAAUACUUGGUGUUGGAGUGUCCACUGGUGGGCGUGUAAACCCCCAAGAUGGUGUGGUCCUACACUCCACAAAGCUGAUUCAGGAGUGGUCUUCUGUGGACCUAAGAACGCCCAUAUCAGAUGCUUUACACCUACCCGUCUGGGUCGACAAUGACGGCAACUGCGCUGCACUGGCAGAGAGGAAGUUUGGUCACGGCAAAGGAGUGGAGAACUUUGUCACAGUCAUCACAGGAACAGGUAUUGGAGGAGGAAUUAUCCAUCACAAUGAGUUGGUCCAUGGUAGUACCUUCUGUGCUGCUGAGCUGGGUCACAUCAUGGUUUCCCUGGAAGGCCCAGAGUGUAUGUGUGGCAGCCGCGGCUGCAUAGAGGCCUAUGCAUCCGGGAUGGCCCUUCAGAGAGAGGCCAAAAAGCUGCAUGAUGAGGAUCUGUUGAAGGUGGAGGGGAUGGAUAUGAAACUCUCAGAGCCAAUCACUGCUGCACAUCUUAUCAAUGCAGCGAAAAUGGGAAACUCCAAAGCCGACGCUGUUCUGACCAAGGCUGCCACUGCACUAGGUGUGGGCAUCAUCAACAUCCUCCACAUAGUCAACCCUUCACAGGUGAUUCUGUCUGGAGUCUUGGCCUCUUGCUACCAGGCGCCAGUGCAGCAUGUCAUCUCGCAGAGAGCGCUCUUCUCUGUCCAAAACAUCAAGGUUGUAACAUCAGACUUGGAAGAACCUGCUUUACUUGGAGCAGCCAGCAUGGUGUUAGACUAUGCAACCAGAAGAAUAUAUUAAAGAACAAACUCAUUAAAACCUUUAAGGCAGUUUUGUUCCUGUGAUCUAACAAACGUACAAAUACAGUUGUUGUUCAAAGUUGAAGUCUGUUAGUCAGAUUAAAACCUGGAAACGUGUGAAGUGGGAGUGGGUCUAGUGCACAAGCCAGAAAUCCCAAUUGUACAGUGCCUACAGUAAUUAAUCUCCAAAAAUUAUCUGUACAAGCCAGCACCUUCCUUCUGUGCUUGUGAUGUGGAUGGAUGGAAUAGUCUGUUAUAGAAACCUUGUGACCAAAUUAUUGCUGAAUCUUGCUUCUGUUGCUUUCUUUCUAUUCUAACUCUAUUCUAACUUUAGUGUUCUAUUGGUGUUGUGUGGAUGUUCCAUUUUGAGUUGUAUCUGUUUUCGACAUUUACAUUUUUAGUUUUUGUGUGUGUGUUGUUGGGUUUUUUUUUUAUUAAAUAAUUUAAAAUGGUAUUAAAUAACUUGAAAUAUACACCAAUCUGUCACAACAUUAAAACUACUGUCAGGUAAAGUCAGUAGCAGCAAUUAUCAAAUUUUUCCUUUGUUGGGUGUUCUUCACUUACAUGAAGAACACCCAACAAUGUGGUUGUAGUCCCCAACAGCAGCACCAGCCUUGCCUUAUUACAAAGACUCAAAGGAACCCACAAGACCUAAAGGAUUCACCAUCAACAUCAUGGUGUCAGAUACCACAGGAUACUCCUAGAGUUCACAAAUCUCUGCCCCACUUACAGGACAAGUGGGACACGCAGAGUACUAGUUUUAAUGUUGUCAGUGUUUGGUGUAUUAUAAACAUAAUUAAAACUGCUUUAGAUCCAUGGAUGCUAUAGUAUAAGAGGUUAAAGGAGAGGGGGGUGUUAAGUUUUACACAGACUUAUUAUAUAGCUGUUAUUCUUCUGAAGAUGUACAUCAUGGUUUUUAUGUACACCUAUAUACUGCAUUGCACAUUACAUGCUAUUUGUAAGUUUUAAUACAUUUCUGUGGAUGCUUCUUGUUUUAUAAUGGUCCAGAAAAUAGGUUUAAGAUAACUGUAAGAAAUAGACUUAAGUUAAAUUAAGAAUUUAUUAUUCAACUUUUUAGUUUGUCUCCAAAGAAAAACUGAAACUGCAUAGCAGUUCAAACAUUUUUUCUUUGCGACCUUGAAAUGUUACAGUGAUUAUACCGUACAGCUAAGGUGUCAUUUGACCAGAUUAAAAUAUGUACUGUUUAGAAGGAGAAACCUAUUUAUUCAAUGCGUUUUGUUUAUUUUUAUUAAUUUUCAAAUUAAUAGUUUUGUUUUAAAACUGAAGACAUCUAGGUCUUUACGAGUUCUUCACCUGAAAUGCUUUUCCGGUGAACCUGAAGGAAUUCCCACAAAUGUUGAGCACUUCAUAGUGGCUCCUCUCCUAUCUGUUGACCAGAUCAAUUUUUGAGAUUGACGAACAAACACUGAACACUUUAUUGGGUAUGCCGAUUCAUCUGCUUAUUGAGGCAAAUAUCUAAUCACGUCACAAAGCUCAGAACUUCUUAAACUUGUUUCAUGAACAUGCCAGUGUAGUCAAGAAAAGACUCCAAAGUUGCCAGAUCUCAAUCCAACGCAGCACCUUUGGGAUGUGGUGGAAGGGGAAGACUGGCUUCAUGGAUGUCUAGCCGACAAAUCUGCAGCAACUGCGUGAGGCUAUCAACAUGGACCAAGAUGUUUAUUUUAUCUUGCUGAAUCUGUGCCACCAACUGUUAAGCCAGUUUUGAAUCUAAAAGGCUGUUAAUAUUUGUGUAAUAAAGAACUUUUAAUUACCA